UUCCGGCUGAGGAAGGAGCCCUAUGCGGGGCUCGAUCCUAGGACCCUAAGAUCAUGACCUGGGCUGAAGGCAGAAGCUGAACCAACUGAGCCACCCAGGCGCCCCUCUACUCGAGUACUUCUGUCUGAAGUAGGAAGAGCCACGAACAUGAGUGGAUGCCGCAUAUUGGACGCUUAUUUGUUUCUGCCUUCCCAGGACUCUGCCCUCUCCCAGAAGCACCAGGAGAAAAUGACCAAGUUUCAGGCUGUGACGUUCAAGGACGUGGUGGUGGUCUUCACCAGAGAGGAGCUGGGGCUGCUGGAUUCCACCCAGAGGAAGCUGUACCGGGACGUGAUGCUGGAGAAUUUCAGGAACCUGCUCUCUGUGGGAUAUGAACCCUUCAGAUUAGAUACGACAUUACUGUUGGGGAGAGAAGAGAAGCUUUGGAUGAUGGAGACACAAACCCCAGGGGAUGGGCGUUCAGGCCUCAGGAAUCAAAACGAGAUAGAGACUUUUCAAAAAGUAGGAUUAAGAUACCUUUUACAUGAAGAUGUUAUAUGCUGGCAGGUAUGGGAACAAUUUACAAGUAAAUUAACCAGAAAUCAAGACUCAAUGAUAAAUAUGCAAAGCAAGAAGUCCAGCUUGCCAAAACGAGGUAACUCCUCCUGUCAGAUAUGGGCAGGAGAAUCUCCUCAGGUUUCUGAAGAUGAAAACCAUGUAAUAAAGCUUCAAGGGGAGAGUUCCAAUAAUAUCAGAAGUGAAGAGUUUCCAAUUAAGACCACUGGAGAUUUCUGGAAGAAAAUCUAUCUGAGAGAGUCACACAGUUAUCAGAGUAGGUGUCAGCAAGUUGACGUAAAAAAUAGACCAUGUAAGUGUGACCAUUGUGUUAUGACAAGGAUCUCACAUCAUUGUGAGGAUCAGGAAGUACACAAAAGCAAGAAGGCUUAUAGCCACAAUAAUUGUGGAAAAGACUUCAUGAGGAAAUCGUGCCAACAUAGUGUAACCCACUCAAGAGAGAAGCACCUCAUAUAUAAUGAGUGUGGGGAGGACAUUGGUGAGAGCUCAGUGUUUUGCAUUUGCCAGAGUAUUCAUGCAGGGGAGAAAUGUGGUAGGAAUGAUAAGUGUAAUGGGGACUUCAGUCAGAGCUCAGACCUGCAAAAUCAUCAGGGAGUCAACAAAGGAGAAAAGCCCUACAAAUGUCAGGUAUGUGCUAAGAGCUUCAAUCAGAACUCCUGUCUUCCCACCCAUGAGCCCCUCCAACCAGGAGGGGAUCUGUAUAGGUGUGGCAUGUAUGGGAAGAGCUCCAGUCAUAGCCUAGAUCUCAACAUUCGCUGUAUAGACGACACUGGAGAGAAAUCCUCUAAAUGUGAGAUGUGUGAUAAAGGCUUCAAUCAGACAUCACAACUUCAAGCCCGUCAGAGGGCCCACCCUAGAGAUAAAACCUACAAAUGGGAGGCAUGUGACAGGCUAGUUAAUCAGAAUCCUGGUCCUCAUCAGAGCGUUCACACUGGAGAGAAACCAUAUAAAUGUGAGGUAUGUGGGAAGGACUUCAGUAAGGCCUCAAAUCUUCAAGCCCAUCAGAGAAUCCACACUGGAGAGAAGCCAUAUAAAUGUGAUGUGUGUGAUAAGAACUUCAGCCGGAAUUCCCAUCUUCAGGCCCAUCAGCGAGUCCACACAGGAGACAAACCAUACAAGUGUGACACAUGUGGUAAGUACUUCACUCAGGUUUCACAUCUUCAGGUCCAUCAGAGAGUCCACACAGGAGAGAAGCCAUACAAAUGUGAGACAUGUGGUAAGGGCUUUUGUCAGAGUUCACAUCUUCAAGACCACCAGAGAGUCCACACUGGAGAGAAACCCUACAAGUGUGAUAUGUGUGGGAAGGGUUUCAGUUGGAACUCCCAUCUUCAAGCCCAUCAGAGAGUCCAUACUGGGGAGAAACCCUACAAAUGUGAAGAAUGUGGGAAAGGCUUCAUCUGGAACUCAUAUCUUCAUGUUCAUCAGAGGAUCCACACAGGAGAGAAACCCUAUAAAUGUGGCAUGUGUGGUAAGAGCUUCAAUCAGACCUCACAUCUUCAAGCCCAUUGGAGAGUCCAUACGGGAGAUAAACCCUACAAAUGUUUUGACUGUGGUAAGGGCUUUAGUAAAAGUUCACGUCUGCAAGUUCAUCAGAGAGUCCAUAGUGGUGAUAAAUCCAAUACACAUGAUGAGUGUGAUAAAAGUGUUCUUCAGAAUGUAGACUGCUCAUUUUCAUCAGAAAAUCCACACAGCAGAGAAUAUUUAUAA